AUAUGGGUCCGAACGGGUCAUCGUUUUUCUUUGCUGAGAAGAACUUUAUAAAAGAGAGCAACUUCGACACCACAGUUAAAAGAAUAGAAGAUGCACUGACGAUAUAUUCACUUUCAGUGGAUAUCCAUAACAGAAUAUUAGCCUGGACAACGUCAGAAAAUUACUACAUACAGAUUUCAACUCUUGAAGGCAAAGAUGUGAGACAAAUAAUGCAGUCUUUGGACAUCAAUUAUUUAGUUAGCGAUCCCUUGUCACAGAGAAUAUUCUGGGGUACGAAAAGAGGAAUCAUGAGUGUUAAUAACGACGGAAACAAUGUGAGGGUGAUCAGAAGAUUAAAUUACACGAUGCAAUCAUUAAACAUUUUGCAGGGUUUAGUCAUUUGGACGGAAUACCAAUCAACGAAUUCAACAAGUAUUUGCUCAGCAGAUUAUAGAUCUAUAGAAAUAUCUUCAUCGUGCAUUUCAUACCAAGGAAGUUUAUCGAAUAUUUUUAUACAGGAUGCAUUUCUUCGUAGUUUGAGAGAUAAUUGUGCAGUAGGAAAUGGUGGAUGUGAUCAGUUGUGUAUAAGUGGCAGUACAAGUAAAUGUUUUUGCUAUGAAGGUUAUGCUAGGCAAAACGGAUCUACAGAAUGCAGAAAAGAAAAUGGCACCGUGCAUUUGUUUGCUAUUGACGGCGUAACCAACACGGUAUAUGGUGUCGAUAGUACUUUUGAAAUUCUGAAAAACUUUUCCAAGGAGAAAAAUGAAAUCAUUGAUGUGGAUAUUGAUGUCCAUACGGGUGACCUUUACACGCUUCAGGGAACCUUAAUAAAACAUUUACAAUUUAGCAUUGAUGGGAAUGUUUCAUCGCAUAGUUAUUACUUAGAAGGUAUGAUUGCUUUUCGCACAUAUAACUUACAUUUCAUGAAUUUCUUUAUGAAUUUACAAAUUAAAUUUUCACAAUGUCUUUGUUCAUGUACAAUGAAUAUUCUUUGA